UGGGUAGGACAAUAUCACAAGAUGGUAUUUACUUUUAUCAUUCAUUCACGUGCUUGUGACGGCUGAUUGUAAAAUACUUCCUAGUGCUGGGCGUUGUCAUGGUGGUGACUUCACGUGAGCUUGUCAGAUGUGAUAAGUUGCAUGGUAACAUUUAGAAAGCAAAGACACCCAUACCCGCUUCUUCCACGAAAUAAGAGUCCACCAUGUAUUCAGCGCUAGGCUUCCUGCCGAUCGCCCUCGUGUUGCUGGCGGCGGGGACAUUCGUCGUGUCCUACGUCAUCGCUGUUGUACGGGGCGACGUCACGGCUGCAUUUCCGUACAUCAGUGACACUGGAGCUAAGAUUCCGGAGAGCAGCGUCUUCGGGCAGUUCCUAAACCUAGCUGCUUUCAUAUCGUUCUGCACAAUGUACAUCCGCUACAAGAUGAUUGAUGCCAUAUCAACUGGAGAAGAUCGGUGGUUGGUCCGAAUGAACCGGUUCACGAUGGUGAUGGGCAUCAUCUCCUCCCUCGGCUGCUCCAUGGUCGCCAACUUCCAGGAAGGAACAGAGGUGGAGGCAGUUCACAUCUCAGGGGCGUUCUUGGUGUUCGUAGGUGGGGUGAUCUACACGUUCCUCCAGGCGGGCAUCUCGUACCACAUGUACCCCGACUACAACGGCCUGCGCAUCUGCCGCAUCCGCCUCACAAUCUGCCUCACGUCCCUCACUUGCCUCAUCAUCACCCUUGCUGCAGCAGGUGUGGCUUUGUACAAGUGGAAUGCUGUGCCCCACACCAAGACCAAGUUAAAGUGGGACGAAGGGGACCCGGGAUUCACAGCUCAUAUUGUCAGCACAAUCGGAGAGUGGCUCACAGCUUUCACUUUCUUAUCGUUUUUCUUCACGUAUGUACGAGAUUUCCAAAAGUUUCGUCUCACCAUCACCACACAUCCUCUCGUGCGACAUCUUGAUGAAGAGCCAUAUUUAGACCAAACGCCAAAUGAACGUACACAUCUGCUCGCCUAGAUAGGAAG